AUGGACAGCUCGGCAAUCACUUAUGCGACCUCGAAAGACUGGCUCGAUAUCAUGAAAAAUCGGUCCAAAGUUCGCAUGCAUGAGCUUAUUGAGCGCCUUGGAUUACGCGCAAAGUGGUCUUCCAAUAAGCGCGGCAAAACCAAUUUUGAAUCGGCCCUGGUGCGCGAACUCGUGGCAGAUAUGGGAGACGUUGUGUCUACGCUUCCAAAGGAGCCCGAUGAGCUGAUGAAGUUCCUCAGCGACGAGGGAAGUUUAAAAGAGGAGGUUGACGGUCUACUUGAAAAGCACGGGAUGAAGGUUUGGGGGGGAGUGGAAGAGCGCGAUCAUCUGCUCACUGCCAACGAGCCUGGCGUGGAAGAAGGGCUUUAUUCCAAGGAUCUCUAUUUUGAGAAUGAAGAGGAUAGGCAAUUAAUUCACAAGCUCCUCCACUGGUGGAUUGGACUGAAAGCGUGCAAUGUCAUCCUUGCACGAGAGCGGCUCGAUCGGGAAAGGAGGAAAAAGGCAGAGAACCGACAAGCGCGAGCUGAGGCUGAGUUCUCUGGUCAGCAAGACGGCGGAACACCAGCAUCUUUUGUUGCGCUGGCACCCAACUCAGUCCUGCACGAUGGUGAUACAGUAUCACGUGGCAGUCCGAUUUCCUCUAGUGCAAUGCUCACACCCCCAGAAUCGGGUGAAAGUCCAAUUAUGGGACCCCGCGAAGCAGGUAAGUUUGCAUCCGUCAACGGCCGUGAGUGUGUACCUAACGGCUAUGCCACUUGUGCAGCCGCGAACGCAUAUCAGGCGCAAACCUUGCAACAGCGACAAAACAUUGUUGAAGGUGUCUGGAACCGACUAGCUGUAGACGGUAACAGACCGAGAGAUCUUAGUACUACGUCGGCAGGCCCUGCUCACGGCCAUGGCACGCACCCCGCAGAAAGCAAAGGGGCCGUGGACCAGCAGGUCGCAAACGCAAACCAAGCAGCGGUCGAUCGGCAAAUCAGCGUCGAAGUUGCGAAGCUGGUAGCAACCUUCCGCUCGGACGAUGCAGGAGCAGAGGAGAUACCCCAGCCAAACAACAGUAUACCCUACCGCGGGCUAGAUUACGACGGGUUGCGGGCGCUACGACAAUACGUCUAUGGGGAAGAGCAUGGAGUUGCGGUAGACGAGGAAGUACUACUCAAUCAACUGGAAAAGACAUGGCGAGAGCGAGUUCGUGCUGAUUAUCAGAAAAUGGUUGAGAACAUUCCGGUAUUCAUUGCGAGAGAAAGGGCGUUUUUGACAUGGGUGGAACUCAAGCGGCAUUUGGCAGCUCUGCAACGUGCAAACGAACGGUGGUCAGCAGAAGGCCAUACCACGGCGGAAAUCGAACGACGCAUCCAACAACACCGCACUCUGAUGGGCUGUACACAAACGAUUAUUGCAAACUUUGAGGAUGUAGGCCAAGGCUUCGGACUCAGUCCUAAUGUUGCAGUGGAUCGAGACGAGCUACUGCGACAAGCCCUGGUCGUGCUAGCAGGAGAGAAGUAUGCGGUAGAGAUGCAGUGGAAGCCUAUAGAGUUUACAGCGACAAUGGCUUGGCUGCACGAACACCUGGAGAAUUUCCGACGGGAAGAAGAGGAAGACGGCAAGGGUAUGCUGUGGCAUGCCGGAUAA